UCUCUCAUUGAGAAGAUGCUGCCCGAGGAGCUGCUGCUGCACAUCUUCCAGCGCCUGCCCAUCGCCUCGCUGGCCGCGGCGCAGCUGGCGUGCCGCCAGUGGCGCCUGGUGGGCGCCACGCAGCUGCUGUGGCGGCGAGCUUGCAGGGAGGCCUUCUUCACCUCCACCAUGGACCAGAAUGCGUCGCUGGUGAAGCAGCAGUACCGCGGCUGCUGGAAGCGAAUGCUGCUGGAGCGCCCGCACCUCCGCUUUGAUGGCAUCUACGUCAGCCGAAACACGUACCUGCGGCAGGGCAUUGUGGAGUGGAGCGUCAAGAAUGCGGUGCACCUGGUCCUGUAUUUCCGGUACCUUUGCUUCUUCCCAGAUGGUAGCUUUGCGUACCGCACCUCCCCGGAGCCGCUGUCCCGCGUGUACCGCAGCCUGGCCACACCCCCAUCCCACCCGCGGCAGCAGCAGCGCAGCCGCGCCGGCGGCAAGGACGCCGAGCACGGCGAGCGGGUGUGGACCGCGAUGCGGUACGACCCCCGCUCCCCCACCGAGAUCCGCUCCCGCCUGCGCCUCCGCUCCACUGCCCCCGGCGCCAACAACCGCCUCGACAUCCAGGCCAUCGUCAGCUGGGACCGAGAGGAGGGGCAGGCGCUGCCCAUGAUGGGUGAGAGGGACCUGCAACCUGACGAGGAGGCGGCCGAGGGUGCGGAGCUGCAGCAGCACCGGCGCGGCAUGUCCACCUAUGUCUUUGUACCGUUUGAGCAGGUGCACACACACAUGCUCAACCUGCCUGUGUCUCAGAUGGAUAUGUUCAUCCCCGGGUGA